AUGUCGUCCGCGGAAAUCGAGGUUCCCAUUACCUGCAGUCCGCUGCCAUGGAAAUCCAACGUGCUGGCGUUCAUGCUCAUCAACGGCGUCAUCUCCUUGUUCAUGGCCUUGUCUGUCGUCGGGCGCAUAUAUGCCAGAAUUACUGGAGCAGGGCUGGCCAACGACGAUUGGUUUGCCAUUUUCGCUGCUAUUCUCAACAUACCGUUGCUAACCUUUCAGGGAACCUUAUCAACUUGUGGCUCGGGCUAUCCUCUGAAAGACACCAUACACAACCUUUCCGUCAUCCUUCGCAUCGCAUUCGCCUAUCAGAUUACGAUAAUCGUCACGAAUUUCGCCUUGAAGAUGAGCGUGCUGUUCUUCUAUACCCGAGUCUUUAAGGUCCGGUCAGUCAAACUAGCGUCUCACUGCACUAUGGUUCUGAUAGGAGUGUGGCUUGUCACUUUCGUCUUUGCGGUGGUUUUCUCCUGCAAACCAGUUAAGGCGUCAUGGGACUUGGCCGCGCAAGCAGCGGGCGCCACAUGCAUUCAGCAAACCAAGAUGCUCGUGGCCAUGAUCUUCUCCAACGCCAUCAUGGACCUGAUGGUGAUGGCCAUUCCUAUUCGAAGUAUCCUUAAGCUUCAGAUGAGGCGGACAGACAAGCUCGGUGUCUUGGGUUGUAUCCUGCUGGGUGAGAUUGCGACCGUUACUUCGUUCUUCCGAGGCGUAUACGUUUCCACCGUCGACUUUUCUGAUAUAACCGGUACAAUGGCCGUCAGCAGUUUUGUGUCCGUCCUAGAGACUCUUCUUGCUGUCCUUUGCAUCUGCCUGCCCACGAUCCGGCCUCUAUGGCGCCGCUACAGAGGAGACCCAUCCAGCAGUGCUGGAACGAUGAAAUUGACGGGCGAAAUGUCAGGCAGCCACGGUCCAAGGGAUGGGCAGAUCAAAGUCACAAGAGACAUGCAUAUAGAUCAUCAGGGACGAGAUCUUGAGCUCCACGACAUGGCAACUGGUGGAAGGGACCAUACCCUCUUUGACGAGUCAAGCUCAGAGAAGAAUUUGACAACCACUGUCACAGGCAAGAAAAGUAAGUGGUCCUCGAAAUGA